UAUUUCAAAAUUCUCUCCUGGAAAAAUUCCAUUCAAUUACUUCUUUUGGCUUCUCAAUUUGGUCAAAAUUUAUUUGAAUUGUACUUUGUUGCACAUGUUUUCCUGAAAUGCAGUAAUUGGUCGAAAAUAAUAAAGAUGAUUGAAGAGGACGAGAGUGGAGUGUCUACCCAAAUGUUAUCAAGUAAAAAAACAGAUAAUCAAUAUCUAACGAAAAUAAAGGAGGUUGAAUGCGCAUUGGUAAAUACCUUUACAGAAAGUGAUACAAAAUGGAGCUUGUUUGUGACUGCAGCCUACAGUUAUGAUUAUGAAAUAGCAGUAAAACCAUUUCUGCCAGAAUUCAUUACCAGUAUGGACCAACUAUUUGAUAUAAUAUGGCAAACCCCAAACCUAAAACUUUUACGGUCAUAUAUCCAAGAAAUUAACUACUCAUAUUGUAAAAAGGAUGUUAUAUUAUUAUUACAUUGGAUUUUAAUUUCUUCGAAUUCGCCCAAAUUAGAACUGAUCAAAGACCCAGACUUUGUGGAAUUUUUAGCUCAUAUACAGGAUGGCGGGCCUAUCACUGUGCCUACAUUUGCAUUCAAGAUUAAUUAUGCCGAUAAUGAUGAAGAAAACCAU